AUGUAUCUAAUGUGCCUCGAGAUUCGUAUCAUGUGGGGAAGGAAAUUUUCCGUAGUGACUUUCUUCUACUUUGUGAAUCGAUACAUUGGAGGCGGAGUCAUGAUGUGCAAAAUUCUUGAUCUAGUCACUGUUUUCGGGCCAUUCGUCUCCGUAUGGUCAAACCAAGUAAUCAUGCUGAUACGACUUUGCGUUAUGUAUAGCAACUCAAAGAAGAUUCUCGUUACAACGCUCGGACUCCUGCCAGCAGAGAUUGCAGGCAUAAUGGCUGCUCUGUUUGUAUGGCUGCACAGUGUUGCAUACACCAAUCUACCACUUGGCCCAGAAUUUUACCCGUCAGUUUGGAGGAUGUGCGCCUUCUCUAGCAUAGGAACGCUCUUGACGGCCAUAUACGCGCCGAUAUUCUGCUACGAGCUCAUCAUGUUUUCUCUUGCGCUGUUCGCAGUGUUCAAGCGCUUGGGCAGUGUCAAGCGGGAGUGGAAGGCGACGAGCAUUGGCUUGACGGUGAAAAUGUUGCUUAAGUAUAGUAUCGUGUAUUUCGUGCUAUAUUUCGCUGGUUGCGCCAUAGCAACUGGGAUGUACUUUGGCUUACCUUGCACGAAACCUCAACCACAGCCAUACGCAGGAGAGGCUUUAUACGUAGAUUGA